AUGGUUGAUACACAAACAACAAAACAAGACCAUGUGGAUGUCCUCAUUGUCGGUGCCGGACCAGCUGGGCUUAUGUUAGCCAACUGGCUAAGUCGCUGCGGAGUCAAGACCCGUAUCGUUGACAAGCGUGGCUCGAAGGUCUUCAAUGGCCAAGCGGACGGUCUGCAAUGUCGUACUCUGGAGAUCUUCGACUCUUUUGACUUUGCCCACCGGGCAUGGCGCGAGGCAAACCAUAUGCUGGAGAUCUGUCUGUGGAAUCCCGAUCAGAAUGGCCGUCUUCAACGAAGCAACCGCAUUCCGGAUACCAUUCCAGGAAUCAGUCGUUUCCAGCAAGUCGUACUGCACCAGGGUCGCAUCGAGCGGUUCUUCCUCGAUUCAAUCAAGGAACAUAGUGACAUUUGUGUUGAGCGUGGUGUGCUGCCCACAUCUUUUGAUUUUGACGAAGCCAAAGCAGGUGAUUUCGAGGAUUACCCUAUCAACGUCAAGCUUAGUACUUUGUCUGAGGAAGAAUCCACGCCUCAACAAAGACUGCAACAUCAGAGAUCUUCUGGUGGCCGGGAAACAGUGGUCGAGGAUGGAAAUUUCAGAAGUAACUUAGUUGCUGAUGACACUGAGGAUCUUAUCCAGGCGGCAGAGGCCAAAGGAAAUGGAAAUUCCAGCCAAGUGGAGCAUAUCAAGGCUAAGUUCCUGGUCGGUUGUGACGGUGCCCACUCAUGGGUGCGCCGUCAGGUGGGCUUUCAGUUGGAAGGUAGCUCAACUGAUUAUAUCUGGGGUGUGCUUGACAUUGUCCCCAUCACGGAUUUCCCAGAUAUCCGCCAUCGAUGCGCCAUUCACUCCGUGGAUGCGGGUAGCUUGAUGGUCAUUCCUCGCGAGAAUAAACUUGUUCGGCUCUAUAUUCAGCUUCAGGCAACGGAUUGCCAGAAGAAUGGCUCCAAAGCUGACCGGUCCUGGAUCACACCUGAUAUCAUUUUGAAAUCUGCCCAGCGUAUCGUCUACCCAUAUAAGCUCGAUUACGCGUAUUGCGAUUGGUGGACUGCGUAUCAAAUUGGACAGCGAGUGAGUAACAGAUUUUCGCAAAGCGAUCGCGUUUUCCUGGCAGGUGAUGCUGUUCAUACGCAUUCUCCCAAGGCUGGACAGGGGAUGAAUGUCAGCAUGCAGGAUACGUAUAACCUGGGAUGGAAGCUUGCCCAUGUGGUAAACGGACUCAGUGAACCCUCGAUUCUCCAAACCUAUGAGUCUGAGAGAAGACAGAUCGCACAGGACUUGAUAGCUUUCGAUCACCGCUUUUCGCGACUUUUCUCCGGACGCCCAGCCAAGGAUAUCAUGGAUGAAGAGGGAGUCAGUAUGGAAGAGUUCAAAAGUGCCUUUGAAAAAGGAAACGAGUUUGCAAGCGGCAUAGCUGUCGACUAUGCUGCCAGCAUUCUCAUUGCAAAGGAAACGGAUGUCACAGAACGCGGCAAGGACACGAUUAUCAGCAAACCACAGCUGGCUGCGAAGAUUGAUAUUGGUAAACGUAUACCUAGCUUCAAAGUUUUGAAUCAUGCCGAUGCACGCCCGUGGCAUCUGCAGGAGCUAUUGAAGAGCAAUGGGCGCUGGCGAAUAAUGGUUUUUCCUGGACGACUCACCGAACCACAGAAUAUGAAACGCUUCGAAAAGUUAGGAGCCUCUUUGGGAGGGCCGGGCUCUUUCAUUCGCCAGUUCACACCAUCAGAUAAUCCCAUCGAUAGUGUGAUUGAGGUACUGACGGUGCAUUCCGGACCACGUACUGAGAUCGAACUUCUUGAUCUCCCGGAAGCGUUUCACCCUCACCAUGGUGACAUGGGAUGGGAUUAUUGGAAAGUCUUCGUCGACGAGGAUUCUUACCAUGAGGGACAUGGCCAAGCUUAUGAAAACUAUGGCAUUGAUCCAAACCGUGGUGUCAGUGUCAUUAUUCGCCCUGAUCAGUAUGUUAGUUGGCUUGGAGAGGUCGAUGACUACGAGCAGAUGUCGAGAUUCUUCACUAGUUUCAUGAAGCGACAAUUGGCGGGAAGUUAG